AUGGAUCAUACAGAACUGAAUCUCAUUGACGAAAAUAAACCAAAUAUUAUUCGAAAGAAAUCAUCAUUUUUACGAGAUGGUUCAUAUCGAAUAUUUCAUAUUACAAAAAAAUCAAAAGAUAAUAAUGAUAAUCAAAAUAAUAUCGAUCUGAUUAUUGAUAAUAAAAUUCAAAAGAAAUCUUUAAAAAUAUCUAAUCGAAAUGGUUUGAAACAAUUUUUUUUAUUUCAUAAAACAUCUUGUGAUUCAUCAUCAACUGAAAUUAAAACAUCUCUAGCAUCACGUCAUACAACAAAUGAAUUAUCUCCACCUGUUAUCUAUUCUAAUACAACAUCAGAAAAUUUAUUAAGAAAAACUAAAUCAGAUAAUACAAUUGAUACAUCGGAAACAAAUCAUAUUGAUGAAAUAAAUGUAUAUAAGAAUUUACAUGAUCGUACAGAUAAAUUUGAACAAUCACCAAGUAGAAAACAAAUUUUACAUAAUAUGCACCCAGAAUUACAAGCAAGUUUUCAUCGACGACGAAAACGUUUUAUUGUUGCUUGUGGUACUGUUACUAUAGCAUUAAGUGUUAUCAUUACAAUUAUUGUCUAUGUUGUUGUUAUGACUGUUAGAUAUAUUACAGAAAUUAAUCAAUCACAAUUUUAUCGUUAUCCACGUAUAUGA